CGGAGAUGAAAUUGCCAUGCAAUUUUCAUGUUGAUUGCAAAUGAGAUUAGUAAAGGAAAUCGCCCAUUCUUAGUCCUCAGUCAAGCAGGGUACAAGUCAUUGGCAAGGAAAUUUGAGAAAAAAAUAGGAAAAAAACAUGGACUGAAACAGUUGAAGAAUAAGUACAUGACCUUGAAAAAAGAGUGGCAAGCGUGGACAAAGUUGAUGGAUUCAAGCAAGGGAGUGUCCGGGAUAGGCUUUGACUAUGACACCGGUUUGUUUCAGGCACCUGACGAGUGGUGGGACAAGAUGGAAUCAAUCAACAAGGCGUGUGCAAAGUUCAAGAAAAAAACUUUGGAACACCGUGACUUGAUGGAGACGGUCUUCAUGGGGGCAUCAGCUACUGGGAAGCAUCAUUGGACCCCGAGAGAGAACCUUCCCGAACCUGCUGAGGACUCAUCUGAUUCAGUGCGUAGUUUGGGAGCCCAGCCAUUUGCUGAUCCGAUACCCGCAGGAGUACAGGACGUGGAUUCUGAUACUUCACUGGAGCAUGUUCCGAUUAAAAAGGCAAAAAGGAGAAAGACGCCAUCAACAAGUGUUUCAAAGUCGAAGAAGGGAACAAGUGGUGCGUCCGUUAUUGCGGAAAGCAUGAACAAAAUGACAGAUGUGGUGCGUUCAAAGAAUCAGCAGGUCACGGUGAGGCACCUCACAGGCAACGAAUCGCUGUACACUAUUUCCGAGUGCAUGCAUAAACUGAGCAGUAUUCCAUCCCUAAUUGGUACACUGUUAUUCCACUUCGCCUCCACACUUAUGGAUAACGCCGAUUACCGGGAGGUCAUGAUGUGCCAGCCUGAUGAUGACCACAUCAUUGAAUGGCUUACACAGAAGCAGCUCCAGUGUACUGCGCCGGCGCCUUUUGCAAACCUGUUUGGGGGUCGCCGGAUGUGAUGUAGCGGUGUUACGAGUGUUGAAGAUGCAUGUCCUUCUCUUCCUUUUUUAAACUUUGACUUAUGGUAUUGUUGGCACUGUACUAAAACAGGAUGGUGGUGUGUGCAUGUUUUCAUUAUGUCGUUUUUGUUUUUUUAUUACUAGCUACGGGCAGCAACAAGUUUUAGGUAAGUGCAUGGGUUGACGGAACGAAAGCA